AGGCAGCCUCACCACCAUAUGCGUUCGGCUAGGCCUGAGGGGCAGGGCCGGAAGUGACGCACAGCCCCGUAGGGUGAAAGGUUAACGGAAGUUGGCUUCCUUCUUUUCCGCUGUGGCCCCGGCGCGGUACUGUCGAAAUGGGCAAGUUCAUGAAACCGGGGAAAGUCGUGCUGGUCCUGGCCGGACGCUACUCUGGACGCAAAGCCGUCAUCGUGAAGAACAUCGAUGAUGGCACCUCCGACCGCCCCUACAGUCACGCCUUAGUGGCCGGAAUCGACCGCUACCCCCGCAAAGUGACGGCCGCCAUGGGCAAGAAGAAGAUCGCCAAGAGAUCGAAGAUAAAGUCCUUCGUGAAGGUUUACAACUACAACCACCUCAUGCCCACCAGGUACUCUGUUGAUAUCCCCUUGGACAAGACCGUGGUCAACAAGGAUGUCUUCAGAGACCCGGCCCUGAAGCGCAAGGCCCGGCGGGAGGCUAAGGUCAAGUUUGAGGAGAGGUACAAGACGGGCAAGAACAAGUGGUUCUUCCAGAAGCUUCGGUUUUAGAUGUGUUUUUGUUUCUCUUAUUAAAAUUUUUGAAAACCUCUGCA